UGCCACAGGGUAUGUGAGUGUGUGCGCUGUGUGAAGGCAGCAGCAGCAAGCAACAGCAAGUGAAAUCAAUAAUAUUUGCAGCAGCAAAUAAACAGCAAAAAUGUCGAAUUAAUUGGGAAUUAGCGACACAACAACAACAAAUUGCCGCUGCACUGAGCCGAAAUUUUGUGCCUUUUAACGAUCUUCCGUUGCGAAGAGAAAGAAGCAAAAAGCAAAAAAUAAUGGAAUUUUAACAAAGUCUCGAAAGUGUACUUCUGGUGCAAGAAGCAGCAUCAGCAGCAGCAACAGCAGCAGCUUAGCUAGAGGAAACCGGAAACGGAAUCAGCGCCAGAUCUCCAGAUCUCCAGCCAGCGGAAAAGACGACCAUGAUACCCACCAGUGUCACCAAUUCACCGCCGCCAGCGGGUUUGGGCCAGAAUGGAGCAGCUGCCUCAUUGGGCUCGGCCACAGCGGCAGCUGGAAAUGGAUCAGGAGGCAGUGGCGGCGGCGGCAUAGCCAUGGGCAUGGGUUCGAGCUCGGGUCCUGGAGCUCAGAACAGCUACAGCUCCUUUGUGCUGGGCCUGGCCUCGCUUAUCCUGGAGGGCAGACCCAUUGCAGACGAUGAGUACAUGCUGCAGCAGCAUCAUCAGCAACCGGGAUCGGGUGGAGCCACAACCGGCGGGGGAGGCGGAGGAGCAGGAGGACGCCUCUCGCCGCGACCCUCCACCUCGAGGGCGGCCAUAAACAUUACAACGAAUCCCUAUGGCUCCAUGGGAGGAUCGGAUAAUCGUGGUGGAGGAGGAGGAGGAGUAGGAGUAGGAGGAGGAGCUUCUACCAGCGGCAGCAGCAAUGGCAACACCAGCAGCAGCUCCCUAACCCACCAGCGCUGGACGCAGAAGCUCUGCCAACUGCGCCAGAUCUCGCCGGCUGCCCAGGCGAUGAGUGCCGAACCGGAGUUGGUCUCCCUGGCCAUCAAUGAUCUCAACAAGGAUCAUGGCGGUGACUAUGAGAUUGUGCGACGUGUCAUGCUCAACCGGGCAGGCGGAGGCAUGGGUCUAAGUGGUACCGGUGGCAUUGGUAGCAACAACUCGAGUGCCGCCAGUUCACCGGGCUCCAAUUCAUCGGAUAAUAUCCUCCAUUCGCUGCAAUCCCUGGCCACCACAUGCUUGCGCGGUGGCCCAGCCUUGGCAGCACCGCCACCCGUGGAGCCAAGGCCUCUCAAUCUGUCCUUUAUCUGGACGGGAUCGGUGGCUUCUAGUGGAGGAGGAGGAGUGGGAGUUGGAGGAGCGGCAGCAGCACUAGCAGCAGGCGGAGGAGGACUAGGAGGAGUCGGAGGAGGAGGAGGAGGAGGAGGAGCGUCAACAACUGCCACUGCCAGCAGCGGAGCAAAUAGCUCCGCAUCGCGGCCCAAGCAUGGGCCGCACUGUGAUCAGUUCCUCAGGAAGAUGGGUCUGGCCAAGGGCGAGAUGCCAUCGGAGGCUGAGGAGCACAUCUGUGAUAUGUCCUACGUGAAUAUGACCUGCAAUCGCUGGCGUGCUUACUGCAUGAAAAUGGAGGCCAUCCUGGCCAGACGUGAACCCGUUUGCAUAGAGGUCUACCUGGGUCCCGUAACCCACAAGCUAUUGCUGGAACAAUGGAUCAUCAGCGGCAGGGAGAAAGUCCCACCGCCCACGAUGACACUGCCAUCGCUAUGCAGCGCCAUUCGCAGUCAGCUGUACUUCUCCCAGAUUGUGGCCUGGUGUGAUUUGCUCCGCAAGUGCGAUCCCUCGGUCUACGACAGCGGUCGAGUGAUCUUUGCCAGCUGUGGCAACAAUGCCGGCGAUUUGGCCACCACCUGUACGCCCAGCGGGGGCCAGAGGAGGCCUCGCUUGAAUAUCUUCUACAGGAUUAAGCAGCACAAUGCCAACGCUGGUGGUGGACAGUACCAGGAUGGCUUCAGUGCCAAGGCCAAUGUCCAUAAUUUUCCCAACGUCAAUGUCUCGGAAAGCUAUAGCAUUUCCGUGUGCGUGAAAAGUUUACCCAGGAUUAAUGGUGGCCUGCCCCAUGUGGAGCCCCUACCUAGUCCCAGUCCAGCGCCACGCAGCCUGCGAACCUGCGGCGGUGAUCCGGCAAGCACACCAACCGGUGGCGGUGGCCUUCAUGCGGCCACGCCAACGGGUCUGGGAGCCAGGAUUAGUGCAAUUAGUAGCCCAACGACGACCACCACGAUGACCGGCAGCUCCAACUGUGAUAAUAAUGGAUUAAAGCAAGGAUUAGAUGAACUCGAUGGGGACACGAGCCUGAGUCACCGGGAGAGGCAGUUGCAAAAGUAUCGCAAGCGGAUGCAGCGACGGGAUAAGAAGCGGGAGAGGAAGAACUCCCCGGAGAGGCAGCAGCAACUACACCAUCCCGUAGAAGAACCCAUGGAGGAGGGUGAAGAGUCCGCAUCGCCCUCGCAAUCCGAGUCGCAAUCCUUGGCCUGGAGCCUGCAGCAGCCACCGCGUCGCAUAGCCAUGAUCUCCACGGGGACACAGACCUCGCUAAGCAGCUGUCAGCAUUGUGGAAGCGAGAAGACCUUGCUCUGCCUCAGCUGCACGGGAGGAGCCAGGCAAGAGGAGGAUAAUAGCGAUGAUAGUGAUACGACAGCCUCCGAAAUGGAGGAGACCAACUCCUCGUGCAGCCUCAGCAGCGGUGAUCUCAUUGUGGGCACGCCACGCAACAAGGCCGAGCUGCUGCUCCAGGCCAUACAGCGAACGCCAAAGAAUCGACAGCGGAAGCCGCAUCGUCAUCCGGCACCCUCGUCCUCAGAUCUCAGUGGUGGACAGAACAAUAACCUGGCCAAGGCGGCCACCAGCAGUGGGUGUCAGGUGUGCAAGCGCCAGAAGACGCAGCAUAAUUUUGCCAAUGGCAGGGAGCCAAAACCCAACACCCAUACCAAUGGUGACCAAGGAAACAGCAAUGGCUACACCAGCAUGCUGCAGGAGGAGGAGCAGGAAAAUGAAGCUAAACAGCCAACAGAGGCGCAAAUCAAGAGCACCAAGCUGACGCCCAACAUUGAACGCUGCUCCCUCAACUCCUUGGAACGAGGAUGCAAGACCCCACCGCCGGUGGAUCACAUUGUGGUGCAGUUCAAGACGCCGCUGAGCCAAGUGCCAGCCAAACAGCAACCCGAUGCCAUGGUUCCCCUCCAGCAGCAGCAGCAACAGUCCUUGGGUCGCUCCUCACCAAAGCCAAGUCAACUUCGUUUGAAUUGUGGCAGCAGCUUGGCGGAUAUGGAAACUCCGCCCCCUUCAAGUGCCAGCAUCUCACCGCUGUUGAGGAAGGGUGGCAGUGGUGUCCUGCCCAAGGUCAAUCUCACCACAAUCUUUUGCAGUUCGGCGCCCAUUGCCAUUGGCUGUCCCGCCUUUAGCUUUGAUCCUGCUGCCUUGAGUCAUGCCCAUUCGCAGCUCCUGGCACCCGAUACUACGGGUAAUACCCCACCCGUGCAGAAAUCCUUCUCGGCGCCCACCUUGCCGCAUGCUGCCUCGCUGUCCGUCUCGCCGAGAUUCGCCAAACAGGCGCUGGCGGCGCAUAAGAGGAGAUCACGUCACCUGAGCGAUCGCAGUGAUCGCAGCUCCCUGGGAUCCGAUGAGCAGUUGUCGGACGAGGACUUGGAGUCGGGUCUGUGCAGUCCAGCUGCAGGUGGUUCGCCAUUAAAGUGUCGCGCAAGAUUGGCUGCCCAUUUUGCGGGGCGUCCUUUGUUGGGUAACCUGGAGGAGUCGCUGCUGCAGAGGAGACUUAUGCCCAAGAUUGAGGUAAUGGGUUUCAAGCUGCAGCUAGGAGCCUCGGGAGGAUUCUGUCCCACACAGUUGACCAUACCGGCAAUGUCGUAUUUUUAUGAGCUGCAUGGCGAGACACUGAGCACGCCCUAUUUGUGCGAGAUACGCUUGCCCCGCAAAGGUUACUCAGUGCCGCGAACGGGCACAGUGCAGGCCACGCUUUUGAAUCCCAUGGGCACUGUAGUGCGAAUGUUUGUGAUUCCCUACGAUAUGCGUGAUAUGCCGGCAUUGCAUCGCACUUUUAUACGUCAACGCAUUCUGGCCGAGGAGGUGAGCAAGGAGGAGGAGGUGGGAGAGGAUAAGGCAGCUCAGCAGGUGCCACGCAGUCCCACGGCCAGCAGCAGCACCACCAGCAAGCUGGGACACUUUAUAACCGCCGAGCAAAUGAAGCGAUUGCGCUACUCCAUACACCUGAGAUUCCAAACAUCUCGUUCUGGACGCUUAUCCCUGCACACGGACAUCCGUUUGCUGAUCUCACGUCGCACCGACUGCGAUACAGCGGCUGCCCAUGCCAAGGGCAUUCUGGAGGCACCCAAUGAGCUGGUGACGGACACUUUGAUGCCGGCGGAGCCGCGUUAUAGUGCCAGGCAGGAGAGCACGGGCAGCAGGAUUUAGUAGCUACUGCAGGCGCUGGGCGGCACCACCAUUGAGCUGCUGCGUCGCCUAUGCAAGCAGCUGCAGGACAAGUGGCAGCAGCAGCAGCAAAGGGAGUGGCCCAGAUAUCAGUUGUAGGAGGAGUAGGAUGCUGCAGGAAGCAGAGGGAGAAGGAUGGAGGAGGAGAAGCAGAGGAACCAGCGAGGAAGAAGGAUACAAAAACGGAUGGCAGGAGGCGAAACAAACUCCUGUACUCCCAGCUGCUUUACUAGUUAUUGUUUAAACUAUUAUCUAAGCUUAGUUUCUUUUUUCAAAUUUCCCUUUGAUUUUCGGUAUUCCAUUUGUUUAGGUAUAUUUUGAAUUUACUGAAAUUGUUGAAGAAAAGCAAUCGAAACAGAAUUCAGCGAGGAAAUCACUAUCUGUAGCUGUUUCCACAUCUUUUUGGGGGUCCAUACUUUGAGGAGAAGGCUAGGAAGGAGCGAGCAAUAACUAUAAAACUAUGCAAUGAGUGUGAGAGAGAAUGUGCGAUAUAUAUAAAUAUAUAAUAUAUAUAUAUUUAUGUACCAUAUAUUAAUCAACAAUUUUAACAAGCAAAUUUUGUGUGUGAAAAAGGAGUUGGAAAAAUGUCGUAGUAUUUAGGCAAGGAAAAAGUUGAGAAAAGCGAAAGAAACAUGAUGUUGAAUGAUAUAUAUAUAUAUAGUAUAUAUGCGCUCAUAUCGAUCGUUGUUGUUAGUAGUAAGUGAGUUUGAGAAAGAGUUUAAAAGUUGAUUCAGUUUUGCUUUCAUUUCCGUUUCCGUUUUCGUUUCCGAUUUCUUCAGAGAGAGUGUCUAAUUAAAGCGUGCCUGUGAUACGAUAUGAGCUGCAUUCUAAUAGAGUUCUUUUUUCUCUUUAGGUUAUUAAUAAAUUAAUUUCUUUCUUUUUUGUUGUUCACUCCACAAAAGGCAACCAAGUGUUUGCAAUGUGUAACUUCAAUAAAUACCAAUCUAGAUGUGUUGAAAAUUCCCUUAA